CCAACAGAGCACCUGGAAACACACUGCACUAGUGGGCAGAGAGUCCUGUCCAGCCUUCCAACUUUAUGUAAAAGGAUUUGGCUCAAGAUGUGCUAAGCCCUCAACAAGAGUGGCAGGGUAACUAAAAGGGUUGCACUGGCAGUCUGUGAGCCCUGGACUUAAUCCCGAGCGGGACGCAGCCUGUCACAAAGCUUUCUCCUCCAGUUUCUUGUUCGUUAAUGGAGUUCCGGCAGGGCAGCGGCGAUUACUGCCACGCCCAACAUCAGAACGCUUGAUCACGGGUGGAUAUGCCCGAAAUCUGCCACUGAAUGUCCAGAGAAACGCUUUCUGUGCUUUUCUCUUGCUGGUCUUUCUGAAUGACCACUUUGCUGUGCGCCAAAUGGGUUAAUUGCCAUCGCGGCACCUGGCAUUUAGCUACCGGACACUGUUCCACCCGUCUAGUUGCCCGGCAGAUUAUCCCUAUAAAGAGGAAGAGGCAGAUUUGUUGGAAGAGGAAGACUUUUGUGGUUUCUAAUUUCCCAGAAAGGCAGCUUUCAAUUUUAUAUACUGACUAGUAGUGAUUUAUCAUAGAGGAUCCUGCAAGUCCUUGACACCUUCACUGUGAUAGUGAAUCUGCUGUAGCACUGUUCUAGGUCAGAGUAGUGCCGUACUGUGAGUGGAGCUCUGUGGAUCCUAGCCCGGAGUGGGUGUUCUGUUUUCUGUAGUGUGGAGGGACACCAGCAUGACCAGGAUGAACCGUCCGGCUCCUGUCGAGGUCUGCUACAAAAACAUGCGCUUCCUUAUCACGCACAACCCAACCAAUGCAUCAUUAAGCAGCUUCAUUGAGGAUCUGAAGAAGUAUGGGGCAACAACAGUGGUGCGUGUGUGUGAAAUCACCUAUGAUAAGACACCGCUGGAAAAGGAUGGAAUUACUAUCAUGGAUUGGCCUUUCGAUGACGGCGCACCUCCUCCUACCAAGAUCGUGGAUGACUGGCUGAGUCUGCUGAAGAAUAAGUUCUGUGAAGAUCCAGGCUGCUGUGUGGCUGUGCAUUGUGUGGCCGGACUGGGCCGGGCUCCAGUGCUGGUGGCUCUGGCACUUAUAGAGAGCGGAAUGAAAUAUGAGGACGCCAUUCAGUUGAUUAGACAGAAACGUCGGGGCGCCAUCAACAGUAAGCAGCUGACGUACCUGGAGAAGUACUGCCCCAAACAGAGACUGCGUUUCAAAGACCCACACAACCACAAAAGCAAGUGCUGCCUCAUGUGAUCCAGUCUCACCAGCCUGCCACUGAAGGAACCAGUCACUCAUGGACUAAACCAGACUAGAAUUACCAAUCUAGUGCAUUU